GGCAUCAUCAGUCGAUCAAUCAAAAAGACAGAAAAAGAAUGAAUCCGUUAACUCUGGUGAAGAGAAUUCAAAGCAUAAACUCAAAAGAAGCAGAAUUAGGGAUUUCAGAGGAAGCUUCAUGGCACGCCAAAUACAAAUCUUCCGCUUAUGUUUUUGUCGGCGGUAUCCCUUUCGAUCUCACCGAAGGCGAUCUCCUCGCCGUCUUUGCUCAAUGUGGGGAGAUUGUUGAUGUUAAUCUAGUUAGAGACAAGGGUACUGGUAAAUCCAAAGGUUUUGCAUUUGUUGCUUAUGAGGAUCAAAGAAGCACUAAUCUUGCUGUAGAUAAUCUGAAUGGAGCAACAAUUGCUGGACGGAUUAUUAGGGUCGAUCAUGUUAGCAACUACAAGAAGAAAGAAGAGGAAGAUGAAGAGACUGAACGCCAGAAGAGAGAAGCUCGAGGAGUUUGCCGUGCUUUUCAGAGAGGUGAAUGUACUCGUGGAGCUAGCUGCAAAUUUUCCCACGAUGAACAGAGAGCUGCAAACACUGGGUGGGGUCCUCAAGAUAAAGGUCCAAGAUGGGGACAUGACAGUUUUGAGAGUCUGAAAAAGAACGAUAAAAGAUCUGCCAAAGAAGGGCCCUCAGAGAGUCACAUUAAACAGACUGAUAAGAGGGAGGACAAUAGAUUGAGAAGGCAUGAUGCUAGCGAAAUUGAACGAAAGUCAAGAGAAGAUUAUCAUAUGAGAGAUGAGAAGAGAUCGAGAAGGCACGACGGUGAUGAGUUUGAGCCAAAGAUGAGAGAAGAUAAUCAUAGGGAGGAUGAAAAGAGAUUGAGAAGGCAUGGAAAUGGUGAGUUCGUGCCCAGAUCAAGAGAAGAUUAUCAUAGACGUGAUGAAAGGAGAUUGAGAAGACAUGAAGAUGAUCGCUUUGAGCCAAAGUCAAGAGAAGAUGAUAAUUUAAGGGAUGAAAGGAGAUUGAGAAGGCAUGAUGGGGAUGGAUUAGAGCGAAGAUCGAGAGACAUUGAUGAUAGUAGGGAAGAAAAGAGAUUAAAAAGGCAUGAAUCAGGAUCCUAUGUUAGAGAAGAUGAUGAUAAGAGAGCACAGGAAAAAUGGUCUGCUCAUGGUAAGGAUUCUUCCUCCAGUCAUUACAGAGAAAGAGAUGAUCACAGGCGUAAGUCAGAUAAAUGAGGAUGCUUGCGCAGGAAGCUCUCCAAAUUGGAACAAGGGCAUUCGAAGAGCUCCAACCCAUUUUUUUGUGGCUAAGCUGAGGUUUAUCUGUACUUCGCUUAGAAUGUGUACUGUUAACAGGAAACAUCUCCACUGUUGCAACUUGAUAGAUCAGAAUGUAUGAUGAUAUGUUUUGUGGUUUUUAAAUGGAUGAAUUUUCAGCGUAGUUAACAUGGUUUUUAGCACAGGGAAAAGAGGCAUAGCGAGCACUUCAUUUUGUACGAAAUGCCCUUGUAAUGCGAGAAUGACUGCCUGCCUAGCGACACUUCGUUUUGAGAUGAGAUACUCUUCUUCAUUUCACAGCCCAGGUCUCUUCCUUGCCAGAUGCAAAAUGGACCUUAAAAAAAUUAGGAUAGCUACUGAUAACCUUUGUUUUCUUUUGCUUCAGUUUGUACGAGUGAAAAUCACAUGAACAUUUAGCUGUUUCGAUUUUUUUUUUUCUUAAAUGCAGCUAUGUUGAUGCA